ACAGUUGGCUUUCUACAUCUACCUCUGGUCGUCAGUCUGGCCAGUGCGAGUGCGGACACUGCCGACUGCUCCUUGCUCCAGCAGCACGAGACCCAGUUUCGCCAGGCUCCGUCAGAGGUGGUUCAGCAGCUCAAUGCAUCGAAGUGGGCUGGCUGGUGUUGGAAUGGAACCAAUAACGUCGUUGAUCGUGAGAUCUUCCUCCUCCACAUCGGAAAGAUCGCAGGCUGCUCCUUAGUAGGAGACCUCUCCAUGCUAGUGGGCCGAGACAACAUCUGGACGGCACAGGUCUGCUGGGAGAAAUCUACCAAAGCCAGGUUUGGAAAGACGGCGCUGAUGCUUCGCCGUCCGAAAGACCACCUCUUGUCCAUCUACCAUCAAUGCCUACAGCCAGGGCCCCUGGAGAUCAAAGCACUGGAGAGGCGUGGCAUUGCGCCGGGUCAAGAAGGUUUCAACCUGCCGAGCUUCGGAGACUGGGUCCGGUCGUGGAAUCAGCAUCCACCGAAGUUCUACCACGCGAAGGGCUAUCACAACGAGAGGUUUCACUGCGUGGAUCCGCGCAACCCGGUUGGCUGGCAACUGACCUGCACGGAGGAGGCCGCCCGUCCAGACCACAUCGACGAGAAGAAAUCGCUGGCGAUCCUUCACUCUGCCAGCGUCGUAGGGAUCUUGGAGGCCUAUCAGGAGAGCAUUUGCCUCUACUCUGCGAAGUUAAGGAACUCUUUGCCGAGUCAUUGCAACUGCGAAGAUGCCUCGGCUUGGGAUGCCUUCGUGCCGCUUCAUAUCGACCACGACCAUUCCUACAGCGAGCGUGCGGAUGACUAUAACGAAAGCGUCCAGAAGGACAUUGAAGGGUUAACACAGGUGGACCGGAAGCUCUACCAGGCCGGAGUGACUCAAUUCAUUCAGGAAAUGGAUGACCUGGAGAAAACCUUCAAAGUGAAGGUUCUUUGUCGCCAGCAACGCCAGACACUUUUAAGCGCGGCGUCAGGAUGAAUUUUUUGGGCGUCAACAGAAGUCACCGCCAUGAUGGCGCCAGUGAAACUAGGCUGCCGAGAGGUGUUCGCCUGUUUUGCCCUGUAGAACCCCCACUGCGAAAAUCGCGCCUGGCAUGAGAGACCCCGGUGUCGGUGGUUUUGGCGUCUUUUUUU